UCACCUCUAAUAUCUCACAUAUCAAUAAUUGAGCGCGCGAGCAGGGUAGAGAGCCCGCGCUAUGCGUUCAGGCGCGCGCCGACUACACGAGGGCCUCGCGACGGAGUGAGGGAAAAAGCGGAGAAAGAAGGUGGGAGAUAAAAGAAAGUGGAAUCUGAGGAUUUAGUGAGAAAAAUACCAGGAAAAGGCUCGAGACAUAUAUUUAAAGAAAUAUAAAUAAACUUUUUGGACGUCCAGAAACGGGAGGAGUUCAUUUCCACCGAGGAAAGAAAAACGGGAAAAGCAAACAGAGGAAAAAAAAGCGCGUGAGGUCUGUUGACGUGUCGCGCGCACAGGUGAAGAAGUGAGUUGACAGCAGAGCGGCUCUCGCGCUGUGGAGAGACCCCGGGGCGGUGAUGUUAACCGUGCUGCUGGGCGCCCUGUGGCUGGCGAGUCUCGCGAGUGCGCAGAACGAGACGGAGCCGGUGGUCCUGGAGGGAAAAUGCCUGGUGGUCUGCGACUCCAACCCCACCUCGGACCCCACGGGCACCGCGCUGGGAAUCUCUGUGCGCUCCGGCAGCGCCAAAGUGGCCUUCUCCGUAGUGAGAAACACCAAUCACGAGCCGUCAGAGAUGAGCAACCGCACCAUGGUCAUCUACUUUGACCAGGUUCUGGUGAACGUUGGAAGGAGUUUCGAUGAGGAAAGGAGCAAUUUCUUCGCGCCGCGCAAAGGGAUUUACAGCUUUAAUUUCCACGUCGUGAAGGUGUACAAUCGCCAAACCAUCCAGGUGAGUCUCAUGCACAACGGGUGGCCGGUGAUUUCGGCUUUCGCCGGGGAUCAGGAUGUGACGCGCGAGGCUGCCAGCAAUGGCGUUCUGAUCCAAAUGGAGAAAGGCGACCGCGCCUACCUCAAGCUGGAGCGGGGCAACCUGAUGGGCGGCUGGAAAUACUCCACCUUCUCCGGCUUCCUUGUCUUCCCCCUGUAGAGGAGGGACUCGCCAUAGAAGGACUAUUGCUCUUCAGCUCGCUGGCCUGGGGGACUGUGGAGAUAGAGAGAGUGAGAGAAAGAGAGAGCGAGAGAAAGAAAGAGAGAGAGAGUGAGAGUGAAUGUGAAAAAGAGAAAGGGAGAUGAUUUAAAAAGAGAAUUAGUGUGGCAGGCUCUCCAACACACUCGCUCGCUCUGCUGCUUGAUUACAGCUCUGGACAGCCAAAACUUUUUUUUAUAACCCUUACAAAUACGAUAAUUAACAAUUAACAACAAAACUACAGAGGCCAUCCCCCAUCCACAUGUAUCAUCACACCCACACCUUCAUCUGCUUUAUGGAAUGUCCAUCAUUCAAGACCCAACAACCACACGCUCCAUCUAUCCCUCGACCACCCACCUCCAUCAACUUACACUGAUACGCUCCUCGAGUCUCACCUCUCACCACGUGUACAUUCUUAAGCGCUAUUCGCACACUUUUACCUUCAGUUCUGAUGGGUAACCUCGCUCACUCUGUUGCGUCUCUGCUCCUCUCCGGCCUGUCGUCUCCUCUCGUUGGGGGGGACGAUCCCUUGCUCUUUCAUGAGAUUUGGAGAAUCUCUGAUCUUCUCAAACUCCUCAAAGAGACUCUUGCUGUAUACUGGAUAAAUAUAUAUAUAUAUAGAUAUAUAAAAAAUCCUUCAAAUUUCUAUAUGAUAUACUCUAUGACUAACUGAAUCUGGUUGACUAUCUGUAUUUCCGUAUUUCAGUGUUAAUACUUAGUGAUUGUGUGUGUGUGGAUCAUGAAGCUGCCGUCCAGCUACCGAUGCUUCUUGUUUUUGUUUUUUGGUCGAAAAAAAAAAAAAUGUGGCUACACUGAACCUAUAUCAGAAUUACUAUAAAGGAAUUUUAUUAUCAUUGACUGUAAGAUAUAUGUGAAUAUUAAGCAGGCGAAACUCCUCCCUUUUAUUCAUCAAUCAGUUGAUUUAAUGAUUGUUUUAUAAUUUGCUUUGAUCCAAUAAAACUUAAAUGGUCA